AUUUUUCUAUAAUCUAAAUAACUAGCAAUUUAAUUAUAUUGAAAUAACAAACUGCAGUUUUCCAUAUAUUUAAAAUAUGCCUGCUUAUGAAUUGGCUCUACUUUUACGAGCUAUGCCAAAAGGAGAAUUGAAGAAAACCUUAACUCGAAUAUCCCAUGCUAUUUUUAAUCGCGGUGGAAUAAUUAGAAAUAUAGAAAAUUUAGGAUUCAGAGCAAUGCCAUACAAAACAAGUUCACAUGGCUUAGUGCACCGGGAAGCUAAUUAUUAUGUUUUUAAAAUUGAUACUGCUACUCAGUCCGUUGCCGAUUUAAAAGAAGAAUACAGUAGAGAUGUUGACAUAAUAAGGCAACGUGUGUUUAAAAUGAAUGAGAACAUGCAAUCUUCACCAUGUACAUUAGCAGAAGAGCUACUUCCUCCAGCAUACAGAGAAGAAGUACAGAAAAUGGUUGAAGUUGGAAAAACACAAGUAAAUCGCUUUACAUAUAAAUUUAAAUAUAAUUCUGGUCUUGAUUACUAUCCCUUCCAAAAGUAAAUAUUUAAUUUCAUUUAGUUAGUUGUAAAUAGAAUAUAAUAAAUAGGUUUGGUAA